UCAUGUGACGUUUCUGCUGUUUGGUCAUCUGUCGCAGUUUAUGGCUCAAUAUUAUUUAAAUACCGGUAUCUAGUUCUGGAUAUUAUUAUAUCUGCAUAAACUAAGAGAAGGAGUUCUAAUGUUUCGUUCUAAAAAGAAAUUAGCUCCCAAAGCUGGAGAUGGGGGCGCAGAACCGAGGAGAAAUCGAGCGCCGAUGGGAAUGUUUGCAGUUUACGGCGAUGAAGAUAUGGACUUAGAUGACGGAUUAGGGGGCGGAGGAAAUGAUAAAGCCUUAGAAGCCGAAUUGAAUCAACUCUUAGGUGGAGGAGGGGGCGGGGGAGGAAAAAAAAAACCUGCACCAAAGUCUUCUAAGCAAUUGAUGGAUUGGGGUGAUCUCGAUGCUCAGAUCUCAGCUUCAAUGAAAGAUAUGGACGAUGAUGUUGAUAUUGGAGAUGAAGAAGAAGGUGAAUUCAUGGCUGAGCUAGAGGGUCUCGUCAGCGAUGAAGAGCCUGACGAAUCACUUCAAGCUCCCACACCAAAUAAGCGUCGAUCUCCCAGUCCUCUACCGUCACCUGGUGGAGGAGGAAGUCAGCUACAAAUCUUGCAAGAGCGGAAGAAAAAUUAUGAGACUGCGAUUCAAAAUGCAGAGGCUAAAGGUGAAAGUUCAAAGGUCCGACGUUACCAACGUGGCAACAAAACUUUGGACGAUUUGCUGAAAAAAGCAAAAGCAGGAAAAACAAUAAAUGAAGAUGAUAUUCCUCCUCCAGUAGCCAGUGGAAAACCAGAUGCCUCUUCUGCUCCGCCAACAAAAGAAUCUCCUGCACCAUCUUCUCCUCCAUCAAUCAAUGUAUCUGAGCCAAUGGAAACAGGUUCUCCAAUGAAAGCCACGCCCCCUCUACCAAGACCCGCCUCCUCUCCUAAACCAGUUCAAGCAGCACAGCAGAAGACUGAUAAAGAGCAGAAGAAUGUUGACCCGAACACUGUCUCCAUGCUUGUCCAUCGACAACAACAAUUCAAGCAAGCUGCAUUGACUGCAAAACAAUCCGGAAAUAAAGCUGAUGCAUUGAAAUAUUUUAAAAUUGUGAAGCAAUUUGACAGCGUCAUAUCAGCAGCAAAUGCUGGAGAACCAGUUGAUCUCAGUCAGAUGCCAAAGCUGCCUGAAGAUGGUGCAUCAGGUCGAACCCCUCCGGUGCCUCCCAGAGCUGCUGAAAAUAAGCCUAAGCCUGCUGCUGUUGCUGCCCAGCCUGCUGUUCCUACUCAACAACCUACUGAAACUGCUCAGCCUCCUACUAAACAAGCUGUUCCAAUACCAAAGACAAUACUUGAAGGGCUGAUCCAACGUCAACAGAAAUAUAAAAGCACAGCAGAUCAAGCGAAAGCAGAGGGGAAUGGCAGCAAAUCUCGGAGAAUGAUGAGAAUAGUGAAACAAUAUGAUGACGCGAUUCGGUCACAUAAAGCUGGCAAACCUGUCGCUGUGAAUGAGUUGCCUGUACCGAUGGGAUAUCCUCCUUUACCAGGUGAGAAGCAAUCCGAUCCAGCAGAUGUCCUAGCACAAGCCGGUAAUUUAUUAAAGAUAGAAGACGAUGAUGGAGCCCCACAACCACAAGUUGCUAAUGCUGCACUGGCUGCAACUGCUGCCCCAUCUCAACCUGCCAGACAGCUUCCAGCACCGAACACUCUUCAAAAACCAAAGUCACCAGGAAGGUCACCUUCACCUAAGCGAAGUUCAGCCUAUCAGUCACAGAUAGAGUUUCUCGAGAACCGGCAAGCAGAGUUCAAGAAGGCCGCACUGGCAGCCAAGAACAAGGGAGAUAAAGUUACAGCGAUGGAUAUGCUGAAAAAAAUGAAGGGAUUCGAACCAAUGAUACAGCAAGCUAAAAAUGGGUUAAAGGUUGACAUAACAAAAGUUCCCCAACCUCCGAUAGUACGAACUCCAGGAGCCCAGAAGUCAGACGACACUGAGUUUGAGAUUCUGGGAGGAAGUGGAUCACAUGAGGAUGAUGAUCAGAUAUAUAAAACAUUACUGGAUACUUUGAAAGAACAAAUAAAGAAAGCUCGAGGUUACAGCGAGCAAUUCACACACAGUGGGGAUGUAAAUGGUGCGAAUAUGUUCGAUAAAUUAUCGAGAGAUUCUCAACAAGAUUUAGAUUUUGUGAAGAAUCUACAAAGACAUAGUGAUCCUCCUCCUAGAUAUUAUUUUGAUAAUAAAACAUUUGAAAGUGUUCACAUUAUACCAGAAUUAAACAGUUCAGAGAUGGAAUUGGUGAUCGUUCAACUUAUCGACGUGGACGGACAUUCUAAGGAACCUCUUGUAGAAUGGGAAAUGCCUUUCCCACAUGACAAUCCUAUCAAAGGCAAAACGGAGCAACAAUCGAAUUUAAAAUACGAUGCACAAUUCAGAGUUCCGAUUAACAGGAAGAAUAAAAGCUUUCAACGUGCGAUCAAAAACAAAGCUGUCAAAUUUGAAGUUAUCCAAAAAGGGGGCUUUCUUCGGUCGGACAAAUCUCUCGGGAGUGCGUCCGUUAAACUUGGACCGUUGGAAACAUCAUGCGAGAUCAGAGCUGUUGAACCUCUCAAAGAAGGUAGAGCGGUAAUUGGACGAAUCGAAGUCAAGAUACGGAUGCGUACACCACUAGUGGGCUCAGAAACGAAGACAAUUACUGAACGAUGGCUCGUUGUGAGUCAUGAACACGUUCAACGUAGAGCAGCAGCUCCGAGACCGUCUGGUUCGAAACCGAAAAGUGCUGCGUCGAGAACAUCGCCAAAGAAAGAAUCUAAGAUUGGCAGCCUUGAAGUCUUAGCAUUAGAAAAACGGAUGGUGGAAGCAAAAAUCAAAGACCUACAAGGGAAAGGCGAACGACCUCCGACCUCUGUGCUUCAAAAUCAACAAACAGUUUUAACGAAAUUGAACGGGACGCAAAAGUUUUUACGAGAAGGUGGAAUGAAUGCUAAGCGCGCUUAUGUUCAGUUUUUGAAAUCUGAAACUGAAAAUUUGAAGAAAGAAGCUCAAACAUAUGUGAGGCAAGGGAAACAUGAUCAAGCUAAGUUCAGCUUAACCAAAAGGAAAAUGAUUGAAAACGAACUUCAGAAGAUGGCUCCAUCAAACACCUACAUAUGAGGCUGCUAUUAAGCGCUCACUUAUAGAAACAGGAAAUUGGUUUUUGUUUCAACUAUUUCACCGGUCACUUUUAAUUAUGGCUAACCGCCAUAGAAGAGGCUCCAGUUAACGUUUUAACUUGAGUCACUAUUUAUUAAUAAUGGCUCCGUCAAAACUUACAUAUAAGGCUGUUAUAAAGCGCUUCACUUAUAAGAACGUUUGGACCUCCAGAAGUAUGCGCACCAAGAUGGCACACAACCUGAACAUAGUAUGUGUGUACUGGUUAGGAUUCAGGUUGUGUGACAUCUUGAUGUGCAUACUUCUGGAGCACCGAAUUUUUUAUGUAUAAACACCUUGUUGGGAGAGAGAGGAGUGGAUGUGUUGUGGUAUCAUUUACAACAGGAAAUCACUUUUCAAUUCAAUUCAUCCAGCGGUUCUCAAUCAACUUUUCUUUUGUGGCCCAAAUUUCGUUGCAAAAAAAUUCAGUGGCCAACUAACAUUUUUAUGGGGGGGGGGAACUUCAAGACAAACAUAGAAUUCUUGAACCUCCUGAAAUAUGCGCAACAAGAUGGCGCACAACCUGAACUCAGAUUGGGUACCAGGUUAAUGUUCAGGUUGUGCGACAUCUUGGUGCGCAUACUUCAGGAAUACCCAAUUCUUUGUGCGAAAAUAGACACUUUUACGUUAAUAAUAAUCAGGGAAAAAUUAUCACUCUGUAACAAUUUAAAGCAUCAUCCAUUGCUACUAGCAUCAAAUUUAACUAACUUUAUCGACAACUCUAGCAAUUUUUAAUAGGUCAAUGGCUCACCUGAACAUGUUCCUGUGGCCCAGUAAUGGGCCAUGGCCCUCUGGUUAAGAACCAGUGUGUUAGGCAAUCAAUCACUUUCAAUUAUGAAUACCACUAUCGAGUAACUCAAGUUAACCAAGAUGGCGCACAACCUGAACAUAGGAUGUGUACCAGGUUACGGUUAUUAGGUUGUGCACCAUCAUGGUGUACAUACUUCUGGAGUGCCAGAUCGUUUUGUUUUUAGGAAUGGUCAUGUUGUGUUACCAUAACUAACUAACUCGAGUCACAAUUUAUUAAUGACUCAAAGUGUAUCUAUUCAUCUAAUGCACAGAUGUGCAACAUUUUUUGUAGGUGGGCCAUAAAACCAACUUCAGAAAUCUCUACCUGGACUAUAUAAGGCUGCUAUAAAGCACCUCACUUCAGAAAUAUUUCAUGUAUGGACACAUUGUCCACAGAGAUGGGAAUAUUGGAAAAUGGAUACUUCCUUGAGUUGCUGUCAUUGUGUGAUGGUCUUGGUGUUGUUAUAGCAGAAAGUCACUUUUCUCUUGACUGCUUUGGAAAUUUAUUGCUAGUUAAGCAUAUAAAUGUCUAUUUAAAGGCAAUUGUUCAUUCGAUAUCAAAUUUUUCAUGCUCCAAUAUAGAAGAACUCUCCAUAAGGAUAUUUAUUACUUUUAAUUUUUCAAAUUUCAUUCGUAACCCAAUAUUUUGUCUUAAUGUUGUUAAAACAGUAAUUAGCUUUUCUCUCAACUGCUUGGAAAUUUAUUGCUAGUUAAGGAAAAAAAUGUCUAGUAAAAGGCUGUAACCCAUAUAUCCAUUCUUUGUUAUCCAUAUACUCACAUUUCUCUCUCUGAACCCCUACAGCACAUUUUGCUUGUCAUAUAUAAAAAAUUGGGUACUUCCGUAGUGUGUGCACCAGGUUAGAGUUAGGCCAUAAUUUUAUUUAGAUUUCUCUUAUUGUAGUUCUAUUACGAGUUCGUGAACUGCCUGCGUU